ACCGGCGCAAAAGAGCGACCGUAACAUACAAUGACCCAGAAAGAAACAACAAUUCUUGUUAUAUAUUUACCGAGUUGAGUAGCUAAAAUUACCUGCAAUAACUGUAUUUUUCUCCCAUUUAAAUGGGAUACUGAGAGUCUGACUGAAGCAGCGGGAUUAUUUGGGAGGAAUCAGGUGAGCUUGUCCUGAGUCCCAGGAAGCUUUGUACUCUGUCAUAGAAGGAAGCUGGGAGUGGGACAAGGAAAUGGAACAGGAGGUUGCAACUAUCAGCCAGCAGGUUUGACAAAAGGGAUUAGAGGGGCAGAGGAGCAUUGUCUGAACCAUAAAGCACUCCAGGAACGAGAGAGCACAACAAGACCUUUAAAAGAGGGGGAACACUAUCAACAUACUAGGACAAAAGGAAAGAGCAAUACAAAAAUGAAGUUGAAGGAGGACAUGUCCCCUAUCCUGCUGCAGGUCUUUCGAUCGGUGGUCUGGGUUUAUUCUGUCAUCACAUUCCUGCCCUGGUAUCUACUCUCUGGUGCCAGUGAGAACCAGGCACGCGCCAAACGGCUCAAAGCAUGCUCAGUAAGCGGGAGUCCUGCUGGGCCAUACCGGGCAGUGAACAGCCAGCAGCGGUUGGUGUCCCUAUUGCACGCAGGUGUGGAUACUUUGGAUAAAGUGUUUGAAUAUGCCGUAGUUCACUUCCCUAAAAGAGACUGUCUUGGCACAAGAGAGCUGUUAAGCGAGGAGGAUGAAAUCCAACCAAACGGCAAAGUCUUUAAGAAGGUGAUUUUGGGCGAUUACAACUGGUUGUCUUAUGAGGACACUUUCCAUCUUUCUCAGAGGUUUGGUAGUGGUCUGGCUGCACUGGGUCAGAAGCCCCUGUGUAACAUCGCCGUUUUCUGCGAGACACGUGCAGAAUGGAUCAUAGCAGCUCAGGCCUGCUUUAUGUACAACUUCCCAUUGGUGACUCUAUACUCUACAUUGGGAGGAGCGGCUAUAGCUCAUGGUCUGAAUGAGACUGAGGUCACUCAUAUAAUAACAAGCAAAGACCUGCUGCAAAGCCGCCUCAAGGCAAUUCUGAUGGAUGUCCCCAGACUAAAGCACAUUAUAGUUGUGGAUGAUAAGCCCUCUAGUUGGCUAGAUCUGCCUAGAGGCAUCAUGGUUCACAAUAUUGCUGCUGUGCAAGAACUGGGGGCCAAACCUGAGAACAUGGCCGUGUCCCGUAGACAGCCUCUUCCAUCUGAUAUAGCAGUGAUUAUGUAUACCAGUGGAUCUACAGGCAUCCCUAAAGGAGUCAUGAUCUCCCAUAGCAACAUCAUCGCUGGCAUCACCGGCAUGGCUGAACGCAUCCCUAACCUGGAUGAGAAUGACACCUAUAUUGGCUACUUGCCUCUUGCUCAUGUCCUGGAGCUCAGCGCUGAGCUGGUGUGUGUGUCACAUGGCUGCCGGAUCGGAUACUCGUCACCUCAGACGCUUGCUGACCAGUCGUCCAAAAUUAAAAAGGGCAGCAAAGGAGACACUAGUGUCCUUAAACCAACACUGAUGGCAGCUGUACCAGAGAUUAUGGACCGAAUCUAUAAGAAUGUAAUGACUAAAGUUGAAGAGAUGAGCAGUGUUCAGAAAACACUUUUUGUUCUGGCGUACAAUUACAAAAUGGAGCAGAUCUCCAAAGGGUACAGCACACCACUGUGUGACAGGUUGGUGUUUAAGAAAGUGCGCUUGUUGCUUGGCGGUAAGAUGCGUGUGCUGCUCUCUGGUGGAGCUCCUUUGUCUGCUGCUACUCAGCGGUUUAUGAACAUCUGUUUUUGCUGUCCUGUGGGUCAGGGCUACGGCCUAACUGAGACCUGUGGAGCUGGAACCAUCAGUGAUUUGUUUGACUACAGCACUGGGCGUGUUGGAGCUCCUCUGGUGUGUUCAGAGAUCACUCUAAAGGACUGGGAGGAAGGUGGUUAUCACAGCACAGAUAAACCUAACCCACGAGGAGAGAUUCUGAUUGGUGGGCCCAACGUCACCAUGGGUUACUAUAAGAACGAGCAGAAGAACCGGGAGGAUUUCUGUGUGGAUCAGAAUGGCCAGCGCCGGUUCUGCACUGGAGACAUCGGAGAGUUUCACUCCGACGGUUGCCUCAAGAUUAUCGACCGUAAGAAGGACCUGGUGAAGUUGCAGGCCGGUGAAUAUGUGUCUUUGGGGAAAGUGGAGGCAGUCCUGAAAAACUGCUCUCUCAUUGACAACAUCUGUGCUUAUGCUAACAGCGAUGAGUCCUACGUGAUUGGCUUUGUGGUGCCCAAUCAGAAGCAAUUAACUGCGCUUGCAGCGCAGAGGGGCAUCAGAGGAUCAUGGGAAGAGAUCUGUAACCUUGCAGAGAUGGAGAAAGAGGUUCUACGCAUCAUCACAGAAGCAGCUAUAACAGGUAAACUGGAGCAUUUUGAGAUCCCAAAGAAAAUCUGUCUGAGUGCUGAGCCGUGGACGCCAGAGACGGGCCUGGUUACCGACGCUUUCAAACUCAAACGCAAGGAACUGAAAAUGCACUAUCAGGACGAUAUUGAGAGGAUGUACGGUGGCAAGUGAAUGCCAGCAGGGUGAUGUGGGGGGAGGGAUGGGGGUUUAGGACACACCAUACCACAAUGCCUAUACAUGCGAAAACAACCCACAAUCCCCUGCCUUCAUGCACCCUGGGAUACUAGAAUAUUGUUUGAUUUCGGUUUGACUAAAAUAAACGGAGAGGGAAUGGUGCAAGAGCAUACCCCACCUGCUGGAGCAGGUACUGAAUAACAAAAAAUGGACUACUGGAUUGUCAUUUCUGAAGAUGACCUACAAGAGUGACCUCCUGGGAGACACAAUAUACAACCUACAGACUGUGAGACUUUUGGAACCUACCCACUCCGCUUCCCUCUCUCUCAUUGUUUUUCACACGCCCCCAGCCCCGCUCUCACAUUGUACUGCAGGCGGAUAUGAGCUUGAUGACUCCACCCUAACUGCAAAGCGGUCACACUGAAUUUUCAUCCAGUUCUAUGCAGGGAAGUUUUUACACUUUGGUGAUACUUCUUUUUUUUCUUUCUUUCUUAUGUGUUUUGAAUGCUUCUCUUCUUGUAUUACUUCAAAUGUUACGUUUUCAUGAAAUACAACUUUGGUCUUUUGUGUUUGUAUUUUGUUACUUUAAACAUUUCUGGUUUACCUGUAUCCAAAGGCUGUUAUUGUUGCCCUGUGUAGGAGUUAAUUAGACACAGUGAGUGGUGUAGUUCAGGUGCUGAUGCACAUUGAGAACUAUGUACCUAGAAAAGUAGCAGAGAAUUCUAAUAAUCCCAGAGAGCUGUUCUAAUGCUGCAGCAAGUUGUUUUAAUAUUGCAGGGAGCUGUUCAAAUGUCGCAGAGAGCAGUCUUUACCCAGAAAGCUGUUUCAAUGCUUGGAAGAGCAGUGUAAUGCUUCAGAGAGCUUUUCUGAUGAUGCGGAGCACAGUCUUAGCUCUCCGUAGCAUUAGAACUGAUAUCUGGGUUGUUAUAUGACAGCAAAGAGCAAUCUAAUCCUGUAGAGAACAGUUCUGAUGCUGCAGGAAGCAGUGCUGAUGCUGCAGGUAGCAGUUCUGAUGCUGCAGGGAGAAGUCUUAACCCAGAGCACUAUUCUAAUUCUACGAAGAGCUAUUCUAUGACAGCGAAGAGCAAUCUAAUGCUGUAUAGAGCAGUUCUGAUGCUGCAAGGAUCUGUUUGAUGCUGCAGACCGCAGUCUUAACCCACAGAGUUGUUCUAAUGCUAUGAAGAGCUGUUCUGUGACUGCGAAGAGCAAUCUAAUGCUGUAGAGAGCUGUUCUGAUGCUGCAGGGAGGAGUGUUGACACAAAGUACUAUUCUAAUGCUACGAGGAGCUAUUCUAUGACAGCGAGGAGCAAUUUAAUGCUAUAGAGAGCAGUUCUAAUGCUUCACGGAACAUGUGAACUGCACUCUGAUGCUACAGAACGCAGCUCUAACCCAGAGAGCUGUUCUUAUGCUGCAAGGAGCAGUUUUGAUGCUGCAGAGAGCUGUUAUGUGACAGCGAAGAGCAAUCAAAUGCUGUAGAGAGCUGUUCUGAUGCUGCAAGGAGCAGUGCUGAUGCUGCAGGUAGCAGUUCUGAUGCUGCAGGGAGAAGUCUUAACCCAGAGCACUAUUCUAAUUCUACGAAGAGCUAUUCUAUGACAGCGAAGAGCAAUCUAAUGCUGUAUAGAGCAGUUCUGAUGCUGCAAGGAUCUGUUUGAUGCUGCAGACCGCAGUCUUAACCCACAGAGUUGUUCUAAUGCUAUGAAGAGCUGUUCUGUGACUGCGAAGAGCAAUCUAAUGCUGUAGAGAGCUGUUCUGAUGCUGCAGGGAGGAGUGUUGACACAAAGUACUAUUCUAAUGCUAUGAGGAGCUAUUCUAUGACAGCGAGGAGCAAUUUAAUGCUAUAGAGAGCAGUUCUAAUGCUUCACGGAACAUGUGAACUGCGCUCUGAUGCUACAGAACGCAGCUCUAACCCAGAGAGCUGUUCUUAUGCUGCAAGGAGCAGUUUUGAUGCUGCAGAGAGCUGUUAUGUGACAGCGAAGAGCAAUCAAAUGCUGUAGAGAGCUGUUCUGAUGCUGCAAGGAGCAGUGCUGAUGCUGCAGGUAGCAGUUCUGAUGCUGCAGGGAGAAGUCUUAACCCAGAGCACUAUUCUAAUUCUACGAAGAGCUAUUCUAUGACAGCGAAGAGCAAUCUAAUGCUGUAUAGAGCAGUUCUAAUGCUGCAAGGAUCUGUUUGAUGCUGCAGUCCGCAGUCUUAACCCACAGAGUUGUUCUCAUGCUAUGAAGAGCUGUUCUGUGACUGCGAAGAGCAAUCUAAUGCUGUAGAGAGCUGUUCUGAUGCUGCAGGGAGCAGUGUUGACACAAAGUACUAUUCUAAUGCUACGAGGAGCUAUUCUAUGACAGCGAGGAGCAAUUUAAUGCUAUAGAGAGCAGUUCUAAUGCUUCACGGAACAUGUUUUAACCCAGAGAGCUGUUCUUAUGCUGCAAGGAGCAGUUUUGAUGCUGCAGAGAGCUGUUAUGUGACAGCGAAGAGCAAUCAAAUGCUGUAGAGAGCUGUUCUGAUGCUGCAGAGCGCAGUCUUAACCCAGAAAGCUGUUCUAAUGCUGCAGAGAGCUGUUCUAAUGCUAUUCUGAUGCUGCAGAGCGCAGUCUUAGCCCAUAGAGCUGUUCUGUGACAGCAAAGAGCAAUCUAAUGCUGGAGAGAGCAGUUCUGAUGCUGCAAGGAGCUGUUCUGAUCCUGCAGAGUGCAGUCUUAAACCAUAGAGCUGUUUUAAUGCUGCAAAGAGCUGUUUUGAGAGUUUUGAGCAGCUUUCCACAGCAUUAGAAGUCAGGGCAACUUUAACAGUAUUCUGACUUAUUACUCCCCUUCAGCGACACUAUCCAAACUAUGUGUAUUUAGGUUCACUUCAGUGAGUUGGCGUCCACCCAUGUUUAUGGGCACUUUAUGUGUGCGCACUUUGCAUUAACAGACCUCUUAAUAUCUUUUGACAACUUACUUCUGGAAAAAAGCUUGAGAUUAAUUUCUCAUACAUCUCUGGUGUCCCACAUUGCUUUACUCAUCACUACAGGGCCAACCAGAUCACACAAGAAAUACAACCAGUGUAUUAUUCUUUGAACUCCAUUUGUAAAGCCUUUAAACUUAUUCCUUUAAAAUGUCAUGUGAUUUUAUGAUCUCAGCCAUUGUGUUGCGUGAAUGUUUUGCAAGGGAACCAAGUGUGAUCAGACUCGAGAUGCAGUGCAGUGUUUGUGUACAAUUUUUGUUUUCCUAAAAAGCCAUUAUAUAUAUAUAUUUCUUUAUUCUUUUUUUUGUUUGUUUGUUUUUUUGUUUUUGUUUAUUUGAGUAAGCGUUAUAUUGUGAUAUAUACGAUAAGUGAUAUCAAGGAAAAUUAUGAACUGAAUGUGCAAUAUAAUUAUGUAUUCUGGACUAUGUAAAUUGAAAAUCACAGGCCGGCCCCAAGAGCAUGAAUGUCACCAAACUCUUUACUGUAACGGAAGGGACACAUUUAUUCUGCUUUGGACUGUGCAGAUCACUCAUUACUUACACAAUUUUCGAUUUGACAACUGAUGCAGUAUGAUUUGUAUUUGACUUUGCAUGAUUCAGGAGAUGUAAACCAAACCAUUAAGCUUCGACUAAGAACAUAGUGAAUUGCGAACAUUAAUGGAUGUGGCAUUUUGCAAAUACGGGGCAAAUGUUUUCUAAAUCUUAACAUUUAUUCAUUAUUAUUUAUGUGAAGAUGUAUUGUAACUGAUCAUUUUCAGCACUUAACAUUUUCAAGGCAAAUAGUUCAAAAUAUUUGGAUUUGUUUUGUUUUUUUAUGUUCUCUUGAUUCCUUUAGAAUUUUAGUUUAAGUUUUUGUUUAAAGAAACACUCCAGCUCAUGACAUAAAGCUCUUUACUGAAUGUUUUUAUUUUUUAUUGUUUUCCUAAAAGGAACUUGAAGGCAAAUGGUGUUGCAAUUUAAGACAGGUCUGCCUUUACUCGAUCAAAGAUGUUGAUUGCUUUUUUUUUUUUUUUUUUUUUACACAGUGGAAAUUAAAUGUGGUUUAUAGGAAUUUAUACUUUUGAUAAUUUAUUUCUGUCUUCAAGAUCAGGGAGUGACUCAUCCCCCUCUUUUAGCUGCUGUACACUCCGCUAGCACUCCGCUUACUUCGAUUGUGUGCGAGUUAAAUCCUGCUAUGUCACUAGUUCCAGCUACAAGCAGCUGGCCAAUAAACUCUUAGUGCAGAGAGAGCUCCACCUUACACCGAUCAGCCACAACAUUAAAACCACCUGCCUAAUAUUGUGUAGGUCCCCCUCGUGCCGCCAAAACAGAGCCAACUCGCAUCUCAGAAUAACAUUCUGAGAUGCUAUUCUUCUUACCACAAUUGUACAGAGCGGUUAUCUGAGUUACCACAGACUAUGUCAGUUAGAACCAGUCUGGCCAUUCUGUGUUGACCUCUCUCAUCAACAAGGCGUUUCUGUCAACAGAACUGCCGCUUACUGGAUGUUUUUUGUUUUUGGCACCAUUCAGAGUAAAUUCUAGAGACUUUUGUGUGUGAAAAUCCCAGGAGAUCAGCAGUUACAGAAAUACUCAAACCAGCCCAUCUGGCACCAACAAUCAUGCCACGGUCCAAAUCACUGAGAUCACAUUUUUUUCCCCAUUCUGAUGGUUGAUGUGAACAUUAACUGAAGCUCCUAACCCGUAUCUGAAUGAUUUUAUGCACUACACUGCUGCCACACAAUUGGCUGAUUAGAUUAUUGCAUGGAUGAUUGUUGGUGCCAGAUAUGGUGCCUAAUAUCUACACAAUAUUAGGCAGGUGGUUUUAAUGUUGUGGCUGAUCUGUGUAUUUCUACUGAUUUUGGGAGAAUUGUAAUUUGAUUACUGUAUUGGUAUGUCACUCAUGGCCUUGGCAACAACAAUAUUAUUCUGAAAUAUCUAACCCUGAAAGUAGUGCAUUUAGCUUCAGGAUUUAAAAGCUGUUUAGCCAGGAACUUUUAACGUCAGGUCAUUCAGGUGGACCAUCAGAGGAUGAUUUUGAUCAGUUCAUAAUAUACAGCUGAUCAACUUUGUUUGAUUUGGUGGAUUCAUUCUCUCUCCUUGUAUAACCCACUGUAAAUAUGACUGUUGACAUUAGCAGAUGUAAAACCUUUAAAUAUGUCAAAUCUUUGUUACUGAGCAGGUCUGGGGUCUUUUCUCCUCUGUGGGUGAAGUUACUGUGUUAUGACACAGUUUAUUCGCAAUUUGGCCUUGAAAGUAUGUCAUAAGGAAUAAAGUUUUGUGAGUCUUC